ACAAUGCCUCUCUCUCAGAGCGAGAGGAACCCAAUGGUAUACUAUGCUAGGGUUCUGGCAAAUGUGUCAGUGGUAUAGAUAGAAUACGGGAAGACUUGGCUAAGUCAGAGUGCGAGCACCAAAGAAAGAAGAAUGGAUCUCAAGUCCACGGCGUUGUUUUUGAUUUUGGUGUUAAUCCAUUUGACAAUUUCAGAGUCCAAAGCCUCCAGGUCCAGCCUUCUGACAGAAUUAUUUAAUGGGUAUGAUGCCAGUUUACCACCAAAUAUAAACUCAGAUUACCCGGUUGAAGUUCAAAUUGAAAUAUUCGUGAAUAACUUUGAUUCUAUUAACGAGCUGAGUAUGGAUUAUUCUAUGAACAUAUUCCUAAGACGAACGUGGACAGAUUCUAGGUUAAGUUUCGACCCUGAAAUCUACAAUAUCUCGGAGAUCAAUUUAGACCCUAAGAAAGUGAAUGACGUGUGGGUGCCAGACUUGUUCUUUUCCAACGAGAAGAGCGCGAGAUUUCACUCCAUUACCACCCCCAAUCACCUGAUGCGCAUUGACAGUAAUGGAACUGUGUUCUUUAGUUCAAGAAUCUCUCUCACUGCUGACUGCCCAAUGCACUUGGAAAAGUUUCCUCUUGACACGCAAGUCUGUGCUCUCGUUAUUGAAAGUUAUGCAUACAGCACGGACACCAUCAUAUUCCAUUGGACACAGCAGAAAGAGCUGGAUAAGGCCGACACACUGACGCUGCCUCAGUUCGUCCUCGAGGACACUUCUUUUCACGAGUCGAUGAAAUCCUACAAAAGUGGAAACAGUUCUCGUGAUUUCACUCAGUUAGUGAUAGAAUUCGUCCUAAGACGUGACAUCCAGUACUACAUAGUGCAAACGUACGUCCCGAGCAUGCUGAUAGUGGCGCUUUCAUGGGUGGCGUUUUGGAUCAGCUACGACUCUGUUCCGGCCAGAAUCACGCUGGGCCUCCUCACUGUCCUCACGCUGACCACGCAGACAUACGCCAUACGUCAAACACUGCCCCGUGUGUCCUACAUCAAGUCCAUUGACGUGUGGAUGUCCACUUGUCUGUUCUUCGUCUUCCUGGCUCUACUGGAGUUCGCCUUCGUUAAUGUCAGUCAUAGGAAGUUCACACGGAUGAGCACUAGAAGACCAAACAUUCCUAGCAAGUCCAAGGAGGACGCGGAGGACGGCACUCCAGCCAGACGACAGGGCCAUGAAAUCCGCGCCAGUACACUGGACAGAAUCUCUAGAGUGGUUUUCCCGGUCUCUUUCUUAAUCUUCAACAUGAUCUACUGGACGGUGUACUCGCUGUGGGAAGAUGAAGGACCGGCACACAAAUAAAGGACAGGAAUGACAGAGAGUUACUGACCUUGUUCAUCUUUAUUUGCUUUCAGUGUGAAAUAUUCGAUACCCGCGUGAGACUUAAAGUCAGUUGCACAACCGUAUUUCAUCCAGCUAAACGCGUCACAAAC